AUGGACCUGCUGCCAUCAAAGCUGACGGGAUGGCGUCCGCCGGUGCGGGACGACCCGGCCUGGACCCGACAGUACCUGGACGUCAGGUUCGGCAUACCGACCCGCAUCUCCGGCUGGAAGGUGACCAACCUCGGCUCGCGCGCCGUCACCAGUAUCGCCCUGGAAGGUCCAGUACCAGCUGACAUGACCAAGGAAGAUCUGGGAAGCCACAGCUUCAACGCCCGCUCCGUCCGCAUUGUCAUCCUGACAGCCGACCCAGGCUCUUCUUACAUCCAGAUCACCGCCGAGCUGUACGGCUGCCACACGGCCGAGCCCGUCGCCGACACGUGUCCGGCCGUGGCCGACAACACCAUCUACACGACCGAGCCGCGCAAGUGGCGCCACUUCGCCGUCGACACCACCAACGACAUUGUCUACUACUGCGACUAUGACCUGAAGAAUGAUAUGGUCAUCUGCUUUGCCUCGAGGGACGGUGAUAUCUGGAUAACCCAGCCGAAAUACAUCGGCGAGCUGCGCGGCCACGCUGCCGGCAAGAUGUACGCCUACGACAGCAAGUUCGAGUCCACCCUGUACUCGGCGGACGGCGAGCACUGGCAGGUGGCCGGGGCUGCGAACGUGCCGGCCGUCCUGGACCCCGUCAUGGUGGUCAAGGGCAGCACGGCCGCCGACACGGUACCCAUCGACCAGGGCGGCUGGGAAGGUGAUUACUACGGUCUGAAGAAGGUCGGCACCUCCGCCUACACCAUCAAGUGGACCAAGUGCUGCGCCAGCUAG